AUGGAGGCUAAGUAUUCUCAUGAAGUAUUAGAAAAUCAACAGCUUAUAAAAAAGGUACCUAAAGAGAUUUAUAAUAACUGCAGAAAAAAAAUACUACAACAAAAAGGAGACUGUAUAGAAUCCCAUCUUGGAUCACAAAAGAAAUCCAAAAAGAAGAAAUUAAAAAUUGCUAAGGAUUUAUUGCAAAGCAAUGACUUUCCAAGUUUAGAUGAAGAUGAAAUAGCAAAAAUUAAAGAUGAAGAGUCACAGAAGUUGGCUCAAAAAUUAUAUUAA